GGAUAUCUUGGGUUCUUCGGCAGGCUUCGGGUGCAAGAAAGAAAAAGCGGAAGUGGCACUGGGGUCUACUUGUUCUAAAACCUCGGGGGGUUUUACAUUUACUAGGGCAUUACUGUUGUCCUUGUUCAUUCGCUGUGAAGAUGAUGAAUAGUUUGAAGCCCGAUGCUUCUUCAACCCUUAGAUUUCUCAAAUUCAUUGCCCAUUCCAGACAUCUCUCCACCCUUUCCCCAUUGACUCCGAGGCGUUCUUCCUUUCUCUUCUCCAACAGCCCUCUUUCUCCUCAACCUUCUUCUCUGAUCUCACCUCCUCUCUUCUCUGCCACCACCAUCCGCUAUCUUCGCACUGGUCGAGAUCCCAGCAUCAGCUAUGAGAUUACUCCUCCAAUCAAUUGGGGUAUUCGAAUUGUCCCCGAGAAGAAGGCUUAUGUGAUCGAACGAUUUGGUAAGUAUGUCAAGACGCUCCCCUCAGGAAUUCAUUUUUUGAUUCCAUUUGUCGAUCGGAUUGCCUAUGUGCAUUCCUUGAAGGAGGAAGCUAUUCCUAUUCCGGACCAGUCUGCUAUCACAAAGGACAAUGUCAGCAUUUUGAUAGAUGGGGUGCUUUAUGUUAAGAUAGUGGACCCCAAGCUAGCAUCCUAUGGAGUUGAGAAUCCCAUAUAUGCUGUUAUUCAGCUCGCUCAGACUACAAUGCGUAGCGAGCUUGGGAAGAUUACUCUUGACAAAACAUUUGAGGAAAGGGACACGCUGAAUGAGAAGAUAGUGGAGUCUAUCAAUGUAGCUGCAAGGGACUGGGGACUGCAAUGCCUUCGAUAUGAAAUAAGGGAUAUUUCUCCACCUCGUGGGGUGAGAGCCGCUAUGGAGAUGCAAGCUGAAGCAGAACGUAAAAAGAGAGCUCAAGUUCUUGAGUCUGAAGGAGAAAGGCAGGCCAACAUCAAUAUUGCUGAUGGUAGGAAGAAUGCAGUUAUAUUAGAAUCUGAAGCUGCAAAAAUGGAUCAAGUUAACAGAGCGCAAGGUGAAGCUGAGGCCAUCCUUGUAAAAGCCCAAGCAACAGCCAAAGGACUCGCUCUUGUGUCACAGGCACUCAAAGACAGUGGAGGUGUCGAGGCUGCUAGUUUGAGAAUCGCUGAGCAAUAUAUACAAGCCUUCAGUAAUAUUGCCAAAGAGGGUACCACAAUGUUGCUUCCAAGUUCAGCGGCAAAUCCAGCUAACAUGAUGGCUCAAGCCCUUACAAUAUAUAAGAGCCUCGUGGGCAAUGUCUCCGGCGGUGAAGCUGGAACUGGUGGAUUAAAUGAAGGCAUAAAUGAGAGCAAUCUGGCCGCAGAAAUCGGGGGAGAUAGUAACCAAACUGUUAGAGUUGUUGACAACAAAGUUCAAAAUGGCCGCCAAGGAUUUUCUCUACAGAUCCCCAAGAGUGCGGAAUAGUAAAUGAGUUUAACGACUUUGUGAAAAAUUCCCCUGUUUCUGGCUGUAGGGUUCUUUUUGGGUGUGAGAGGAAAACUGUGCCUGUACUGGAGGCCACUCGGAAUUAUUCUCAACUAAGUCCUAUCUUAGUUGGGACUGCGAACUUCCCUCAGAUUCAAUGGCGCCAGCGGUUCUUAGUUCAUUUAGAACGACUGUCUAUCUUGACAAAUUCAAAUAAGUUUUCACUGUUCCUUCCCGACAAUUAAUAUUUUUAAAGCUAUUCAAUUCAACUUACUUUACAACGUA